UUUUUUUAAAUACACUUUCGGCAUCUGGUAGUGUUACUAGUAUAAGCGACCGAAUGCAAUGUUUUUUUCCUGUCAGAUGUAAACAAAAGUCAGCUGUUUGAGGCAUAAUUGUGGAGAGAAAAACAGAGGUGUCAGUGGUAAUGUCUGACAACACAGUGUGGAAUGUAAGUGAAACUGCCAACGUCUAUAUCACGGGUGUUGUAUCUGGGGUGUCUGGUGUUGCAUCAAGUGUGACACAUGGCGUUGGAGACGUUGUUCACAGUGUUACAUCUGGGAUGGGAGACGUAGUACACAAUGUCUCCCAGGGAAUGGGAGAUGCGGUACAUAACAUGACAUCGGGGGUCAAGCGCCUUCUGACCUACCCUCCGACUGCAUGCCAAACAGAGGAAGAAGAAGAGUGUCCAGGGGUCUUUCCUCCAACUCCAAGAAAUACAUCUGUGUCGCCCAUUUCAGAGCAUCCACAUAGUGAUGUGAGCCCAGGAACUGAUUCUGAGUUAGCUGAAGAAGAGGCAGAGAUUAACAAUGAGUUGGGCAUUACUGAGGAUUAUUUUUCACAACCUGAGGAAAAUGUUUUAGAGCUAAGUAUUGAGGGACUAGAAGCUAGUAUUGAGAAAUGCAAGACCCUAAUCCUGCAGUGUGAGGAGUCCAGCACCAGAAGACGAGCACUUGUGCAUAAGCUGAUAAAAAUAAGAUUGCGUUUACAAGAAGCAAAAGAUGCAGAGGAGAUUGCAUCCACUGGUGUGCUUUUUCGUUUGAGCCAUCAACUCCAGCCCCAAAAGCCUCCUCUCACCCGAGCAUCAAAGCAGUAUUGUGACAAGUGCGCCCAAAUCAUUUGGGGGGUGAUUCAUGUGUCAUACAUCUGUAGCUUAUGUGAGUACCAGUGCCAUGGAAGGUGUGUGGAAGGCAUUCAGCGCAGAUGCCCAAGCGUGAGGGUGAAUGAAGAUGCAUCUUACAUCCUAAGAAUAUGCCCGGAAGUGGGAUUGUCGGCCCAGAAUUAUAAGUGUGCAGAAUGCAAGAUACUGAUUACAAACAAAUUCACUGUUAUCACAAAGCACGGCAGGAAGUUAAAAUGCAGAGCCCAUCCAAGGGGGGUAACAUGCCUUGGUGAUCCCUUCAAGAAAGAGAAUGCCUGGUGUGAGCCCAGAAAGUGUGACUACACUGGUCUUUACUACUGUCCUGCCUGUCACUGGAAUUCCCGUCAAGUCCUGCCAGCAAGGGUCAUCCACAACUGGGACUUUGAGGAGAGAGUCGUGAGUCGUCAAGCAAAACAGUUCCUUCUGCUGAUGAAGAGCAAGCCAGUGCUGCAGAUGGAAAAGUUGAAUCCCCAUCUCUUCAAAUUUGUUGAAGAACUUAGUACAGUUAAGAAACUAAGAGAAGACUUGCUCACCAUGAAACAGUACCUUAGCACUUGUCGCUCCGCUCAGGAAUCUCGGAUACUGCGACAACUUGAAGAGCGGCAGCAUUUUGUGGAGAAUGCACACAUGUAUUCUUUACAAGACUUGAUAGAUGUUAACUCAGGGCUGCUGGUUGACUACCUCAAGAAGAUACAUGGGAACUUUAUGACUCAUAUAAAGAAUGAAUGCCUGGUUUGCCAAGGGAAGGGUUACAUCUGUGAAAUCUGUGAUGUGAGUGAAAUCAUAUUCCCCUUUGACGGUGGGGUAGUUGUAUGUGCCGGAUGCUCAACAGUCCUUCACCACCUGUGUUUCACCUCAAGGAACAGCCUCUGUCCAAGGUGUGUUCGACAAGAAGCAAGAAAGAAAACAGAAACAGACAAAGAGAAAGGAACAGGAGAUUAGGAAAAGGAAUACAAUUUUAAAUGUUUCUUUAGACUUUAGUUAUUUCCUUCUUUUGUUAAUAUUUUGUUGCUGGAGGCAUAAUAUAUAUUAUAUAUAUAUUUGAUGAUUAAAUGUCCGUGUUUUUUUACUGUAUUCUGUGUUCACCUUCCAAAGCUCAUGUCCCAUUUUCAGAAGACACCCACAUGAAUUAUCUCACAAAUAAUAUCUAAAUCUAUUCAUAUUUCUUUGAAAACAAUCUCACUGGAUUUCUCAAAAAUGUCUGUCUUCCAUUUUCUCUCCACUGAUAAGUUACCAAAAUGCUCUCUCUCUCAGCUGAAACCAUUUUUCUCCUAAUAAAGUUUUGUUUUGAAACUACUUUGUUAAUGUCAUUUUCUUCCAUUGUUAUGCUUGUGUCUGUAUUAAUUUUACUUAUCAUUUAUUUUACAAAUAUUUACAGAUAUUAAGUACAUAUAAAUACAUAUAAUAGCAUUAUCAUUCAUACUGGUCAUUCACAGGUAAAAGAAUAUAAAAUAUACAUUUAAGAAUAUCUGUUAGUACCACUGACUCGUACUGUUCAUUAAGAAGUAAAAGAAUAUCUUAUGUUAAUCCUUUUACAUUUAAAGAUAGGAGAUACUGACCUUUUCUUUCUUAUUAUUCAUUCCAAAAUAAAUAGAUUUAUUUCUUUUUGUUUCACUAAAAGAAACUGCCUUACAAAAUGCUACAGUAUAAUCAAACUGUGUGAACCAAAAUGCAGUAAUGUGUGACUUAAAUCACUCACAUGUCUAUGGUUGGAGCUAUUAUGUGAUACAGUGUAAAAGCAUAUUUUUACGAGAUCUAUGAUGAUUUCUAUGUCAGCAAUUUGUAGACUAAUUUUUGCCUUCAGAUGUCUUGGGAAAGCAUAAUUGGAUUUUUUUAGGUCUGUUGAAUUGAUAUUUGUAUUCUCAAUUUUUUAAGUGCCUACUCAUGUUGAAAUGCUGAAAAAGAUGGAAUGAAGCAAUUGAGAGAUUUUGAAGUAUUUAUGAAGUAUGUAAUUAUAACUGUACUUGUAUAUUUUUGUGCUUAUAUUUACUCAGAUCUCUGUGCAGAUGCUAACAGAUAUAAUGUACAAAAUUUCUAUUUUUUUUCCUUUUUUUCUAACUGUAAGGGAAUGUAUUUCGCUGAUAAAAAAGUGUACAGUUUUCAUGUAUUAAAAAUGUAUAGUUUGUUAUUGAUCUUGCAAUGUAAAGAUGCAUAUUUAUCAUAAAUAAUCCUCAUUAACACUUUCCCCUUCUAAAAUCUUUUACCUUAUACUAUGCCCUAUCAGCUCACCCUCUCUACCCUUACACUGCUAUACUACCUUCUAGUACUAUUUAACCUCGAACUUUACCCUAAUCAUUCACUCAUCCCUAAUCCUUUAUGCUACUAUACUUUAACAUAGUGCUGCAUGUCCUUGCUGUGUACCACAUUUAUUUGUUUUAACUAUUAACCAUUAACUAUCGUAGAUAUUCAUGUUUCCUUACCUUACUUUUCUUUCAGGAUAAUUUAAACUUGUGAUAUGAAUAGAAAAUGGAUAAUUCUUUCACAGUUUUCAUUAUACAGCAUUUUGAAUCAGUUCAAAUAUUUUUUUUUUAUUCUGAGAUGCAUAUUUCUGUGUUUGUUCUUUUUUAAUUAUGAUUGUUUUGUGUGUUGAGAAAAGGAAAGAAAAGGAACUAAAGUUAUGAUGUAUACAAAUAGCUAAUCUAAUGGCAGAUUAUUAUAUCAUAUUUUGAAAAGCCAUUACAGUGGAUGAUUUUAAUAUAUUGGGAUGCAGUGUAACAAUGCUUUAAGAUAAACAGAUGAUUAAUAAAAUUUUAGUACAUUUG